GACAGACUUAGAAUCGGUCGUUCGCGACCUGAUUCGAGAGUACCGCGACGUUUUUCCCCCGUAUUUUUCAUACAACGGGAUUCCCCCGAUGCGCGGUGUUGAGCAUUUUAUCCAGCUCGUGCCUGAUUAUCGUGUUCACAAUCAGGCACCGUACCGACUUUCGAUCCCAGAGGCGACGGAACUCAAGUGUCAGCUUGAGGAGCUCCUUCGAUUGGGUUUCAUUAAACCCAGUAACUCCCCUUGGGGUGCACCUGUCCUCUUUGCUCGCAAAGCGGACGGAACUCUUCGCCUCUGCAUCGACUAUCACGGCCUUAACCGUUACACGGUUAAGAACAACUAUCCCAUGCCUCGCGCGGAUGAGCUGUUUGAUUGUCUGGCAGGCAACCGCUUCUUCACGAAGAUCAAUCUUCGUAGCGGUUACCACCAGAUCCGCGUUGCCACAGAGAAACAACCAAAGACCACCUUUCGGUCGUGCGUCGGCCACUACGAGUUCACGGUGAUGCCAUUCGGCCUCACCAAUGCCCCCGCCACCUUCCAGACGGCGAUGAACGACAUCUUCAGGGACAUCCAGGACCUUGAAGAAUACGUUCUCGUAUACCUGGACGACAUCUUGGUCUACAGUUGUACCUUAGAAGACCAUCUCAGACACCUCCACGAUGUCCUACAAUGCUUACGCAAGCAUGGUUUCUAUGCCAAGGUCAGUAAGUGCCACUUUGCCCAGCGCAAAGUGAACUUCCUAGGACACCAUGUGUCUGAGCAGGGUCUCCACAUGGACGACGCGAAGAUCACUGCUAUUGCAGAGUGGCCCGUCCCCACAUCUGCCAAGCAGCUUCGCAGUUUCCUAGGCCUCACCAGGUACUAUAGUAAUUUUAUCCAGGGAUACGUUAGGUAUUUCUACGUCCUUACCUCUACCCUCCUCCGGAAGAACCCGUCGUGGUUUUGGACACCCCUGUGUGAGGACGCCUUUCCCGCCCUCAAGAAGGCGGUGACUUGUGCGCCGGUUCUUCGCCUUCCCGAUUUUGAUCGUCCCCUUAUCGUUACCACCGAUGCGUCAGAUUUUGCAGUAGGAGCUGUUCUUUCUAAGGUGUUUCCCUCUCCUCCAGAUUCACCUUACCCCCAUGUCCCUCCUCUCCCCCCCCUUCCUGCUGACACUGCUUCUCGACUGACGCUCACUCUCCCACCACUUCCCUCCACUGACAGUCCUCCUGUUACUUACUCCCCGACCAUCGCAGAGGAUGGGACUGUCGAGGCUCGUGCUGGGGAUUGCCCGAUCGCUUUCUACUCCCGUCAGCUACUGCCUGCCGAGAUAAACUACACUGCCGAUGAACAUUUCCUACGACCAUCGUGGUUGCGCCCAGACACUCGUUGCCCUGCGCUUGACGACUGGAUCGCCCACAUGACGGCGAUUAUGAAGCGCGCACACGAGAGUUUAGCCGACUCCCAGACUCGCAUGGCCGCACGAGCGAACCGAACACGAAUGAAUCAUUCAUUCAAAGUCGGUGACGAUGUGCUCGUCGACGCACGCCACUUACAGCUCGAGGCAGAUACGCUUCGCAAGUUCAGGCGUCGUUUCUUCGGUCCAUGCCGCAUCCUUCAGGCCGUCGGUUCUGAUAUUGCCGCUAGUCCGGUCAGCUUGCGUGUGAAGCUACCUGAUUACCUUCGACAGGCUCGCGUACACGAUGUUUACCACGUCUCCUUGCUGCGUCCUUAUUGCAGACCGUCCGAGCGCUUCGUCGGACGCCCUUAUGAGCGCCCUCCACCUAUCAAGGUGGACGGUCACGAGGAGUUCGUUGUUUCCGACAUCGUAUCACGCCGAGUUACCGACGAUACCCCUCCACGCAUCGAGUACCUAGUGCGUUGGAAGGGCUACCCUGAUGAGGAGGCUACUUGGGAGCCCCUCGAGCACUUGCAGCACACUAGGAUGUUGGUGCGUGCAUAUGAUCGUGCUCGUCGUGCUGAGACAUCUGCUUCUACUCAGCCGACUGACCCUCUUCCUCCUCCUCCGGCUGAGGAGAUUGCUGAGGACGAGCCCGCUCCCCCUGAGGCCGUUCCUCAGCCGCAGACGGUCGCCUCCGAGCCUCCACAGCGCACUCAUCGUCGCCCUUCGCGUUACGGUGACUGACACUCUUAUCCUUCAUUUUUCCCCACUGACUCACACCAUCAGGUACUCCAUCAUCAUCUCUUCUUCAGGAUGUCAGCGUUUUGCGGCUCUGCUUCGA